AUGGCGACCCCCACGACGCCACUCGGCGGCGCGUCUCCGUCGGGCCGCGUUCUGGGCCCGGCGCUGGACCGGAUCAUAAAAAACGCCGCGUGGCGGAAGCACUCGGCGCUCGUGGCCGCGGCAAAGGCGGCACUCGACCUCCUCUCCUCAUCGCCGGAAUACCCGUCGCCGGACCCUACAUCGCCGCAAUCCUCGCCGUUGCUCGGCCUGCCCUCCGCCGCCGCCGACGCGUCCCUCCACGCGCUGCUGCUCGCUCUCGAGUCCGCUUCGCCCAAGGUUGCUGACCCCGCUCUCGAUUGCGUCACCAAGCUCCUUUACCACCGCCUCCUCCUCGGCGACCUCGGCUGCGCCGGCGCCGGCGACGAUCCCUCUUCCCCCACCUCCAGGCUCCUCAACGCCGUCCUCACCUGUGGCGCGCUCUCUGAUGAUGCAAUGGAGCUUGCCACCCUCCGUGUCAUCGUCGCCGCCGCGCGGUGCCCCACCGUCGCCAUCCGCGGGGAGGGCCUCGGCCAGGUGCUCAAGACCUGCUACAACAUAUACCUCAGCAGCAGCAGUGGCGCCAAUCAGCUCUGCGCCAAGCUUGCGCUGGCGCAGGUGCUGGUGAUUGUGUUUGCACGCGUGGAGGUGGAUUCGAUGGACGUGCGCGUUCGGACGGUGUCGAUCACGGACAUGUUGGACGUGUCUGACCGCAACCUGAACGACUCCAGCAUCGUGCAGGUGGCUCAGGGGUUUAUAAACGAGGCUAUGGAGGGGAGUGAUGCCCCAGAGCCAGGGUCACAUUUGGAGCCAACUGAGGUGGAUGGAAAGGAGGAUGUUGGGAUGAGCAAGACCAGAGAGGAUGGGCUUGCGCUCUUCAAGAACCUGUGCAAGCUAUCAAUGAAGUUCUCGACGCCAGAUAACCCUGAGGAUCAGAUGUUGCUGCGGGGCAAGGUGUUGUCUCUUGAGUUGCUGAAAAUGGUUAUCGACAAUGCCGGCCCUUUCUGGAGAACAAAUGAAAAGUAUGACCCCAUACCUGUAGUUGUUUCCAGCUUUGUAGAUUUCAAUUAUUUAAGUAUAAAUUUUAUAGAACUACAACUAUUUGGCACUUAG